AUUAUACAUAGAAGACGAGCGUAGGUAGCGGAGAUUAGAUGCCGAGUUGAAGAAGAGGGGGCGGCGGUGUUGCCCUCUCACUCACAUUGCCUUUUGACUUUUGUUUAAUAUAAUACAUAAUAUAAUAGGUUCGUUAUAACAGCUCAAUAUACAUUGAUCCAAUACACUGUAUAUACAUUUAACACGUAUUAGUUCAUAUAAGUCGGCGAAAAUCCAUUUACGGCGGUAAAUUGCCGCAGUGUAUAAUAGUAUAAUACCUAUAUUAUAAUGUUGGUGCGUACCAGUCUUUUCGGAUCGUUGAAAUGUGUUGAAUCAUUAUCAUACUUGUGAAAGCAUUUAAAUCCCUAUGAGUUCGUUGUUUAUAGUAAUUCGUGCGUUUGGUUUAUACUCGUCUGAUGUGUACGAAGACCAGUGCCGAGCACUAGUACAAUUUUUACCGACUUCCGAGAGUUUAACUUUUUUGGACUUCUGAUCCCUCUGAUAAAGUGCAAUCGGUUCACCUGUAGAGCGUGGACGGUUGAUCGAUCAGUGCAGCUUGUAUUUUUCAAAAUAAUAAUAUUCUCCCGACCGCCGUGCGCGCAUCUUCUCGGUACGUGCUUAUUACGUGCCGCAGUGCCAUUGUAGCCGUCACACAUUUCCGCGUGCGCGAUGAGCCCGACAGCCGCCUCCGCCGCCGCGUGUUUGGCCGCCGUGGUCGUGGCCGCAUUCGCCGUGAACGCGGCCGAUCUGGACCUGGUGCUGCUGCACGCCAACGACAUGCACAGCCGGUUCGACGAGACGGACCUGUACUGCAACGAGUGCCGCGAAGACGACGCUUCGCUUGGCCACUGUUACGGCGGCUUCGCCCGGGUCGCCCAAUUCGUGCGUGACGAACGGCGAUUGGCCAACGAGAGCGGCUUGCCGUCGCUGUUCCUGGUGGCCGGUGACACGUUCCAGGGCACGCCGUACUUCUCGUUCUUCGAGUGGAGGCCCGUCGUCGACUUCAUCAAUCAGCUGCAACCCGACGUCAUGACUUUGGGGAAUCAUGAGUUCGACCACGGUAUCAACACUCUUUUGUCAUACUUAAACGGAAUUCAAAAUAUACCCACAGUAGUAUCCAACUUGAAUAUGACGGCAGAACCAGAAUUAAAUAAUUUUGUAUUGCCGUCAUUAGUAUUCACCAUAAACAAUACAAAAGUGGGCAUCGUUGGAUGUUUGACAACAGAUACUCCGACCAUAUCCAAUUCCGGAGCUGUUGAAUUUUUUGAUGAAGUAGAGUCUUUGAAGAAAGAAACGAAAAAGUUACUCAAAAACGGUGUUAAUAUAAUUAUUUGCCUUAGCCAUAGUGGAAUUGAAAAAGAUAAAGUAAUUGCCAAGGAAGUAGAAGACAUCGAUAUAAUUGUUGGGGGACAUUCACAUACAUUUUUGUAUUCGGACACUCCACCUAGCAUUGAAAAACCAUAUGGACCAUAUCCACUGUACGUGACAAACGUUAAAAAUAAGGCCGUGCCAAUAUUACAGGCAUACGCAAAUACCAAAUACGUGGGAAAAGUUGUAUUAAAAUUUGAUUCUAAUGGUGACAUAGUUAAUAUCGAUGGCUCGCCAACAUUAUUGAAUCAUGAAAUAAAACAAGAUCCAACAAUGUUGACUGUGGUUGAUCAAUGGAAACCACAGGUAACUAGAAUUACAAAUAUUACCAUUGGGCGUACGGCCGUAGAGUUAAUAAACACGUGUCGUGGAGAGGAAUGUAACAUAGGAAACCUGAUAGCGGAUUCAUUUGUAUACUACAACGUUAUGAAAAAAGAAGUUUACGACGAGUACUGGACUGAUGCUCCUAUUGGGAUGGUUCAAGCUGGUGGUAUUAGGACUACAAUCAACGAAACUGAUCAUGAUGGUUACAUUACUUUGGGACAGUUGAUCAAUGUCACACCGUUUGCUAAUAAUCUUGUCAAAAUUACAAUUUCUGGUUCUACGCUUUUAGAAUCAUUUGAACACAGCGUUUCUGACUAUGUAUUGAAUCACGGUACAUCUAAAUUUUUACAAGUAUCUGAUAACAUCUGUGGCAAAUUCAGGAGGCGGAGAAGUGGACAAGCGCAACCUGUCGAUUUUUUCAGCACGAAAAUAAGUGCAUAAAUAAUUUAAUAAUAUGCAAUCGCAUAAAUUAAACAUACUGUAAAUCAGUAUUCGGCAUUCAAACCUUUUUUUAUCCAAAAAUAACAAAUAUCUAAAAUAAUCCAUGAUAUAUUAAGAAUUAAUUAAACAUCUUUAACAGGUAUCAACACCAAAUGUUAUUAAGGAAUUCAAUAUAGGCAAUUUUCUAUGUGUUUUAUGCGGGUCGUGUAAAUGUGUGUAAAAUGAUUUUUAGUGUGAGUGACUUUGUAUAAAAUAAAUAACGUUGCGCUCCCGCCCGUACUUAUCAAUUAACGCAGUACUUCACACACUAAUUGUUUAAAAAUGUGAAUUUUAGUGAAACACUGAAACUUAGUUUUGUAUUUCCAAUAAUAGCUUACUGAGUGACAUUAUAGUAUCAACACUUAUUAGUUAUUAUACAAACUGAAGAGAAGAAGUUUGUCUAGGCUUGUAGUGAGUCGACUUUCGAUAUUUUAUUUUCAAUGUCCAAUAUUUAGCUCUAAAACUUGUGAUAUUUUACUUUUUACAUUUUAAUUAAGUUAAGCAAUUAACAUAUCGAACAAUUUUUUUUUCAU